AAUUCACAACAAGCGUACAACAGCUGGUGAUAAGAUAACCUCUUGUAGGAAAAAGGCUACGUUAUGUCACAAAAAACCUAAGAAAUGCCAAAAAACUCCGACGAAAUGCCACUUUUCAAGAUACGUAAUACCAGUGCCGGACAUCAAGUUUCGGGGUCGCUUUUACAGCAUGAAUAGCGGAAAGAGGUGCGUUUGUAAAUCAAUGUAAUACUGUACACAGUAAUGGAAUGUAGAUUGUUCGAUGAAAUUUUACUCUGGAAUACUGUGAAACUUUAUUUUUAGAACGCCAAAAUAAUUACAGAGUCAUAUAAUGACACUUGACGACAGCCGACUAAUUUCUAACUACGUUUUCUGGGGCCAUUUUACUUAUUAUAAGAAACGCUAUGGAUGUGGAGCAACCUAUUCAUCGUGAAAAAUAUAUAUUCUGACAAUGAGCACUAUUUCCAUACCCAAAUAAAGUAAAACAAUGAACCAUGAAAAUGACAAGUUAGAGAACUCUUAUUCCCAAGUUUUGAGCUAGAGAAGAAAACACAGUUUUGACAUUGCAGAAGGAUUACCUUGUUCUUUACCGAACGCAUGAACAGUUUGUGCCUUUCAUUUAUUCAAAAAUAACUUUCAAUAUUAUAAAACCAUUGCUAAGCUACAAAAAUGUCCAUCAGUUUUACUAGUAUAGUCAGCAGAUGCUGUAUCAGAUCAUUGGAAGAUAAAUUUGUAUUAUUAAGUGUAAAUAAUAGCAGCUUGGUACAAACUCGUGAGAAAUCCUUAUACCCAAAUUACCCUAGACUACGAAACCCUACUUGGUUUACAAAGAAAAUCAGAGCUGAGAGUACAGAACUGAUAACCCACGAAAAUCAAGACUUUUUAAAGGAAGUAGUGCAAGAUAGAUUCCAUGAUGAAGUUGCCCAUGAAGAGAUAACACAAGUUGAGUGGACACCUAAUCUUCAAAGAACGGGUGUAAUAGCAAGGAAAAUAGGGGUGUAUCCACUCUGGUUUAAAGAUGGCAAACAAAUUAAAACAACCUUACUACAGGUUUUAGACAACCAUGUGAUAAAAUACUAUUCCCCAGAAGAAUAUGAUCCACCAAGAAAACGAGUACAAAAAAUUUAUAAUAAAAAAGGUUGUCUUCUAUUAGGAGCUGAAGCACAGGAUCCAUCGACAUUUACUAGGGAAUACUGUGGCCUUUUUAAAGACUCUGGUGUCAUUCCAAAGAAGACAUUGGGCAGAUUUUUCAUCAGUCCUAAUGCUAGACUUCCUGCUGGGACUCUCGUCACUGCUAAGCAUUUUCAAGUUGGUAAUGUAGUGGAUGUUAGAGGAAAAACGAUAGAUCGUGGUUUUCAAGGUGUGAUGAAGAGACAUGGUUUUAAAGGAAUGCCAGCUUCCCAUGGAGUAACAAAAACACACAGAAGAGGUGGUAAUAUUGGAGGUGGUGGUGAAAAAGGCAGAGUUUGGCCAGGUACCAAGAUGCCAGGACAUAUGGGAAACAGGUACCGAAUAGCAUUUGGUUGUAAGAUACUUAGGAUGAACACAAAACAUAAUGUUCUUUGGGUGACAGGGCAAGCUAUUCCUGGUGAAACUAACUCAAUAGUAUAUGUUUAUGACACCAGACUGCCUCUCAGAAAACCACAAAAGCCAUUGCCAUUCCCAACAUUCAUAGGUACAGCUGAUGAUCUUCCUGAAGAUAUCUAUGAUGAGUCAGUCCAUUCAUUUGGAGAACCAUCUAUCAUGUUUAAUGAGAGUUAAAUUUUUUUAAUUUGUUUCAUAGUAGCUGUAGGAAAUAAAGUUUGUGUUGACUCGCA